UGCAACGAGAGGUUCGAUCUGAGCUUACGUGCAAUAGCGGUAUGGUUGAUGCCACCUCAAGAAACUGCGUUAUUUGUCACCAUGUGCGUUUGGCCUUAGAGGUCGGUUAAUCAGGAGUGGUUAAUACAGCGAAUAAAAGUCCUUAUAAGUGGCAAAAACGACCCGGAGAUGAUAGACCGGAUGCACUUGUGACUAAUUCUACCAGUAACAAUAGAGUUAUGUUUCCUGAUAUUUCACAAAGUUGUGCAAGGCUUGGAGGGUAUAAAUAUGUUUAAAUGUUCCAAUCCCACAUUGAUUAUAUACACAACACCGUCUAAACCAUGAUAUAAGAGAUAUAAAAUGACUUCGAAAUUAUCAUGUCUGUAUGAAGGUGAUGCAGGUAAAGAUGGAGAAAUAAAGUUAGAAGAGGGAGUACUUAAAGCCAUUCCAGCAUUACCAGAAAUCAUAUUCCAUCCAUCAACAACUGUAACAAAAAGUGACAUUCUGGAUUUUAAGGAGGAAGGAUUUUUAUUACACAAUCUUCUCUCAACAUCAGAGUGUAGUCAUUUUAUUACCGAAGGUGAAAAGGCUGGAUUUGAAGCGAUCCCUGGCGUUAGGGAUGAUUACAGGAGUUCACAGCGGAUAACAUUUGAUAGUCCAGCACUUGCUAAUCUUCUCUGGGAAAGAAUCAAAGCCUGGGUGCCAGUCAUCAAUAUUAGUGGAGAUCCCCAUGAAAAGCAUAUUCAUGGAGUUACUUUUCUUAUGCAGGGUACAUGGCAACCCCUGGGACUCAACAGUAUGUUCCGGUUGUGUCGCUAUUUGCCUGGAGGCCAUUUUGCUCCACACUUUGAUGGCCACUUUGUACGCAGUGCUCAGGAACGAUCAUUGCAAACAUUUAUGCUGUACCUGAAUGGUAACUUUGAAGGGGGUAGCACUAACUUCAUCCAUGAAGAUCAACAUUUGUUCAAGAAUGAAGAUGGGAAAUACUGUGCUGAAGAGAAAAACAUUAUCUGCAGUAUCCAACCUGAAGCAGGACUUGCAAUUAUUUUCAACCAUCAUCGACUCCACGAAGGCCAGCAAUUGAAAGAUGGAGUUAAAUAUAUUUUGAGAACGGACAUUAUGUUUCACAAUAUAAGCCAAGGAAUCAAAACACCUUCUCAAGACAAAGCUCUUGAAUUACUUCAAGAAGCAGAAAGAAAAGAGGCAUCAGGUGAUUGUUUGGAAGCAGCAGAACUUUACCGAAAAGCAUUUAAGCUGUCACCUGAACUUGCAGCUUCCUAUGGAAACUAACAUGGAUUUCUUUUGUUGUUGUUGUUGAUCAUGCUCACAAAAUCGAUCUAUAAACAUUGUUGUUCAGUAUUUUGAAAAACUGAAGAAUUGAAUGAAAUUUUUUUUACUAAAGGCUUGUGAAAUUCUCUUGAUAACAUCUGAAGUGUUCAUUGUAGUAAAGUGUAUUUGGGAGAUAAGAUUAUUUCAAAACAAUG